AUGGACUGUAAUUGCGUCUCGGACUUGCUGCUCACCUCUUCGCUUCCAGCUCUCUGGACUCCAGGCUUUGCUUUCCCAGACUGGGCCUACAAGCCUGAGUCCAGUCCUGGCUCGCGGCAAAUCCAGCUGUGGCAUUUUAUCCUGGAGCUGCUGCAGAAGGAAGAAUACCAGAACGUCAUCGCCUGGCAAGGAGACUACGGGGAGUUUGUCAUCAAGGAUCCGGACGAGGUGGCCCGGCUGUGGGGCAUCCGUAAAUGCAAGCCUCACAUGAACUACGACAAGCUGAGCAGAGCCCUGAGGUACUACUACAACAAGCGGAUCCUACACAAGACCAAGGGCAAACGCUUCACCUACAAGUUCAACUUCAGCAAGGUGGUCUUGGUGAAUUACCCUCUCCUGGACAUGGCGACCAGCUCCCCGUUCCUGCUCGCCCAGAACCCCUUCAGUGGGAGCAACCAUGGGUCUGACUGUGCCCCACUCACUCCUGAGGCCCUGCAAAGUCUCUUCGCAAGCCCUCGCUUGGGGGACCCAACCACCCGCACCCCACUGUUUGAACGUCAACCAGAGACAGACAAACUGAGGUUGGAUGCAGCCUUCCCUUUCUUGGGAUCAGGUGUCUCUGGGUACACAAAGCCCCCCAGUUUGCUAAAUCCGUAUGGCAGGAAUGCUUCCUUCCCAGACUACCCCUGGAAUUUUAACCCUUACCUCUCCAGCACUUUCCCCCUGAACAGCUCCAAGCUACCUGCCUCCCUCUACUCCCCCCAUUUCUACCCCAACCCCCUCUCUGGGUCACUGGCCCAGCUCCCGGCACCCGUCUCGCUGCUGCCUGCAGACAGCCCCGAGCGAGCCACGGCUCUGGGGACCGGAUCCGUUCCCCGUCUCUGCCUGCCUCCCCACGGCACGGCCCUGCCACUCCGGGGGCGAGGGGCCAAAGAGGACCCCGGCUCAGACUCCGAGCUGGAGAUCACAGACCUGAGUGAAUGUAGUUCGGAGAACGAAGGCUGUGAUUUCAGCCCUGACAGCCUGGAGGCGCUGGAGAGCCAGGUGCAGAAUUACAAGCGGCUGGAGAACGAAAGGACAGCGGGAGCGACACCGAGGCAGCCAGAGGGGGUGGCCGGCAGUGCCAAAGAGGGGAAGAGCCUGCCGGGCAGCUGA